AUGGGCCUACCCACAACCCCGCAAGACGCAGCCCCGGCCUACGACGACGUCGUGCACGACCACCCCGUCAACCAAUUCCCGCCCUCCGGAUCAUCAUCAGGCUACGCCGUCGUACCGCAGGACGACGACCUCGAGCAAAACGCCGGGUCGCACAACCACACCUCGCGCGGCGCUACGCCCGCACCACCGCAGGGCGGCAGCGGCUUUUCCCACGCUCUGACGCGCAUCUUCGAGCCAAAGCCGCACACGCACUGCGAGCAAUGCGACGCGCAGCAGGCCGCGAGGGAGCGGCGCGAGAAUGAGCGGCAUUGCUGCGCUAUGGUCGCCGCGACGUUCAUGAUGGCGUUUAUCUGCACCAUGAUCCUUGGGAUUGUUGUCGCGAGCGCCAUGGCGAAGGCGAGGAGGCAUAUGCACGACGAUUGA